GCUCAAACCGGAGGCAGCUGAGAGAAACUGAGGACGCCGUGUCCGGCCAGCUAUGUUAUUAAGCCGAGCGGAUGCGGAACUUGUGUCUGUCGGAAGGGCAUGCAGUUAGUGAUCAGGCAACUAGGCGCCAGGAUGCUGCGAACCGCGGCGCUGCGCUGCCUCUUCUGGGCGGUGCUGGGCGUCCAAUGGGCGGUGCGCGCCGUCGUCUGGGCGUGGUCGCAUGCGCUGGCGCUCAUGACUCCGCGUCGACGCCUCCCGCCCCCACAGGACCCGCUGCUGCUGCUGCCCGCGACCACGCUCGCCGCUCGCAUACGCUCCGGGCAGGUGUCGAGUGAGAGCGUGGUGCGGGCGUACGGCGAGCGCGUCAGCGUGGUGCAGCCCAUGCUGAACGCCGUGGUGGAGCACAGGCUGGAGGAGGCGCUGGAGGAGGCGCGCCACGUGGACCAGCUGGUGGCCCGCGGCAACGCCCCGCCGGCACACGAGCAGCCGCUGCUCGGCGUGCCCUUCACCGUCAAGGGCAGCCUCGCCGUCAAGGGGCUGUGCCACGCGUGCGCCAACGUGUCGCGGGCGGGCGUGCGCGCCGAUCAGGACGCGCUGGUGGUGCGGCAGCUGCGCGCGGCGGGCGCCAUCCCACUGCUAGUGUCCACCACGCCCGAGUACUGCCUCUUCUUCGAGACCUACUCGCAGCUGCACGGCGUCACCAGGAACCCCUACGACACGCGCCGCACGCCCGGCGGUUCCUCUGGCGGAGAGGCUGCCCUGCUGGGCGCUGGAGCAUCGCUGGUGAGUCUGGCCUCCGACGUGGGAGGCUCCGCGCGGCUGCCGGCGCUCUUCUGCGGAGUCUUCGGCCACAAACCGACGGCUGGGGUGGUGUCAGACGAGGGCCACCUGCCGGUGGCGACGGACCCGCGCUGGCCGGACUUCUUCAGCGUGUCGCCCAUGUGCCGCUACGCCGUCGAUCUUCCGGCCGUGCUGCACGCCAUGGCCGGCAAACACGCCCCCAGGCUGCGUCUACUGCAACCGGUGGACGUUAAAACACUGCGCGUGCUCUACAUGGAAGAAAAUGGUAGCAUGACAAGCUCGAGGGUCCAACCUGAACUGAAGGAGGCUAUGCAUAAGGUUAUCCAGACCCUGAAUGAGAGGCAGAAUAUCCAAGCCGAGAAGGUGCAAAUCAAGGCCUUCGCACAUUCCCUUGAGCUUACAGGACCGACGAUUGUGAGUGUUAAGGGUCUUCAGGAUCCAAUGGCGCCAAAGUAUAGGGACAGUCUCGGAACGACGCUACUUCAUUUCAUGACGGGGCAGUUGCCACACAACGCCUACGUGUUGGCAUAUGAGCUGGGCUACGGGCUGCAGAAGCUGACUCCAGACGACGUGAAGGCGACGCUGAACAAGGCCACCGCAAGUUUCAAACUCUACAUGCGUGAGCUGCUGCGCGAUGACGGUGUUCUGCUGUACCCCACAUACGUGGCUCCGGCCGGCUACCUGUACAACAUGUACGGCAACCUCGUAAACGCCGUCUACACGGCCAUCUUCAACCUGCUGGGGCUGCCGGCCACGCACUGUCCCACAGGCCUCAGCCGAGAGGGGCUGCCUCUAGGAAUACAGGUGGUCGCGGGACCGGAUCAGGACCGGCUGUGUCUGGCUGUGGCCCGGGAGAUCGAGGCAGCCCUAGGCGGCUGGGUGCCGCCCCCAUAGCGUGCUGCUGUCUGCAGGCUUCUACAGUCCUGUGCAAAUCUGAAAUAUACACAUAUGUCUGUGAUGUAAUUUCUACUGUCUCCGCCUUGGCCAGUAACUACAUUAAAA